AUGGAGUCUCAGGUGCGCCAAAACUUCCAAGCUGAGUGUGAAGCUGCUGUGAACCGCAUAGUGAACCUGGAGCUGUAUGCCAGCUAUGUCUACCUGUCCCUGUCCUAUUACUUUGACCGUGAUGAUAUAGCCCUGAAGCAUGUGGCCCAGUUCCUGAAGAAGCAGUCCCAUGAGGAGAGGGAGCAUGCAGAGAAGUUCCUGAAAUACCAGAACAAGCGAGGGGGAUGUGUUGUCCUGCAGGACAUCAAGAAGCCGGAGCGGGAUGAGUGGGGCAACAGCCUGGAGGCCCUGCAGUGUGCCCUGCAGCUGGAGAAGACUCUGAACCAGGCCCUGCUGGACCUGCACAUGCUGGCUACAGAGAAGAAUGACCCCCAUCUCUGUGACUUCCUGGAGUCUGACUACCUGGAGGAGCAGGUGAAGGCCAUCAAGCAGCUGGGAGACCAUGUCACCAACCUGAAGCACCUGGGAGUGCCCCAGAAUGGCAUGGGAGAGUACCUGUUUGACAAGCACACCCUGGGGGAGAGCAGCUGA